GAAAGGUAGAAUUUUUCUUCAUACAAAUGGCUGCAACAAAGACACUUUUGACUUUGGAAAAUUUCAUCGGUGGCAAGUUUUUACCUUGUAACUCAUAUAUAGAUUCUUAUGACCCUUCAACAGGGGAAGUAUACUGCCGAGUGCCUGAUAGUGGAAAAGCAGAGAUCGAAGCUGCGGUUGAGGCAGCCAGAGAUGCCUUUCCCGGCUGGUCAGCCCGGAGCCCCCAGGAGCGCUCGCAGGUCCUGACCCAGCUGGCAGAUUUGCUGGAGGAAUCCCUGGAGGAGUUCGCCCAGGCAGAGGCCAAAGACCAAGGGAAAACUAUAACGCUGGCCAGAACCGUGGACAUUCCCCGGGCAGUGCAGAACUUCCGGUUCUUCGCUUCCUCCAUCCUUCACCACACCUCGGAGUGCACUCAGAUGGAGCCGGUGGGCUGCCUGCACUAUACUGUGCGGACCCCAGUGGGGAUCGCUGGCCUGAUCAGCCCUUGGAAUUUGCCACUCUACUUGCUGACUUGGAAGAUAGCUCCAGCAAUGGCUGCUGGGAACACUGUGAUUGCCAAGCCCAGUGAGCUGACUUCAGUGACUGCGUGGAUGUUGUGCAAACUACUGCCUAAAGCAGGGGUUCCACCAGGUGUGGUCAACAUUGUGUUUGGAACGGGGCCCAGAGUAGGCGAGGCCUUGGUGUCCCAUCCAGAAGUGCCUGUGAUCUCCUUCACUGGGAGCCAGCCCACAGCAGAGCGGAUCACACAGCUGAGUGCCCCCCACUGCAAGAAGCUCUCCCUGGAGCUGGGGGGCAAGAAUCCUGCCAUUAUCUUUGAGGAUGCCAACCUGGAGGAGUGCAUUCCGGCAACUGUCAGGUCCAGCUUUGCCAAUCAGGGUGAAAUCUGUCUCUGUACCAGCAGGAUCUUUGUCCAGAAGAGUAUCUAUAGUGAAUUUUUAAAGAGAUUCGUAGAAGCUACCAGAAAGUGGAAAGUCGGUAUUCCUUCUGAUCCCUCGGCCAGCAUGGGAGCACUGAUAAGCAAAGCACAUUUGGAGAAAGUCAGAAGUUAUGUCAAGAAAGCUUGUGCUGAAGGCGCCCAAAUCCUGUGUGGUGAGGGAGUAGAUAAGUUGAGCCUCCCCCCUAGAAACCAGGCUGGCUACUUUAUGCUUCCCACGGUGAUAACAGGCAUUAAGGACGAAUCCUGUUGUAUGAAGGAAGAGAUAUUUGGCCCUGUGACAUGUGUUGUCCCCUUUGAUAGCGAAGAGGAAGUGAUUAAAAGAGCCAACAACGUGAAAUAUGGCCUGGCAGCAACCGUGUGGUCCAGCAAUGUGGGGCGUGUCCACCGGGUGGCGAAGAAGCUUCAGUCGGGUUUGGUCUGGACUAACUGCUGGCUCAUCAGAGAGCUGAACCUUCCGUUUGGGGGGAUGAAGAGUUCUGGGAUAGGUCGUGAAGGAGCCAAGGAUUCUUAUGACUUCUUCACUGAAAUCAAAACCAUCACUGUUAAACACUGAUCCUCGCCAGUGGAAAUACUUUAUGGUUAAUGUCUCACUUCAUGGUUAACGCCCAGUGGAAGAUAAUUAGUUACCCCAUUGUGGUGAAUGGGAAUGAGGCAUAAAUCCCAGCCAUGUGUUGAUUCAGUAGAAGGUUAUUUUUAGCUUAUACUCAGUAGUUAGUACUUUUACCCACUACAUUAGAGAUGCUGCCUGUUUUUCAGUGUGGAGCCAGUGAAGGGAAUACUUUUGAACAGGAA